GUCACGGGUAUGCAGACCCCGUCCAUUCUUUUGGAAUUUCGCUUCACGUCCGGACUUUUACCUCUCCGCGGGCACCGCAUAUGCACCUUCACUAUUCCGCGGGGCUUCCUUCAAGAAGCUUCGCUCAAGAUUCACCGUGGCUUCGUACGUCACGUCCCCUCCGGUGACGAACCGGCAGAAACGCGCUUUCGAUGACAGUGAACUCGAUUCGGGCAUGGAAUGCCAAAAUAACCAAAACAAAACGGUGGUUGAUUUACAAGACACUCGUCCCGAGGGCCGUCAUGCCCAGGAAGACCCAAGUUUCAUGUUCGACGGUAGCCGCGAACCGCAAUGCGAUCAUCAUCCGAACUCAGAGACUUAUUUGGUGGAAAGUGUUGAACGACAGCCCGAAGACGCCAUAAUUGCAUCCGACUAUGUACGAAUUGAUGGCCCUCGACUCUAUCAGCAGCCACAUGACUGUCAUCAAUUGAAUACAGGGACGCCGGCCUAUGCAUCGCAGGGUCAGGAGCUGUAUUCUCUCGACUCCAUGCCGGAAUCGCAUUUUCAGGGCAUGCCAGGCGUGAAUUUUUGGCCUCCAUUGAGCUUUGCAGAUGAUAUGAAUACGGUUCAUUCAGGUCUGCUGUCUACAGCACCUUCAAUGCCUUCCACGAACUCUCUAAGUGGUACUCUCCGGCAUCUACAACAACAGGAUCUCAACCAGCCCCCACUCCUAUCAAGCUCGGGGCCUUGUGCACCUGGAGCGUUCAAUAUACCUCCAUUGUGGGGUAGCAUGAAUUCUUUCUUUAAACAGCCCUUUCUACCGACUGGGGGUAUGCUUAAUUUCCACCCUUCGACCCCGGCGCUUGGGCCCGGUCCCAGAUUCAAUAUAGUUUCUCGCUCCCCCCAGCACCGUCAGCCUUCCCCCGGAAGAUGGCUGAAGAAGGGCAAGACUCCCGAACCCCAGCCACCGACCCCAACAGAUGAAUAUUUAGAACAAGCCUCUCCGUUACCCAAGGAAAUAAACCCUUCCCAGCGUCUUCUUAUAAUCUUGGACCUCAACGGAACACUUGUCUAUCGAAAAUCACGCCGCCCUUCCGGUAUGUUCAUCAGACGACCUGGUGUGGAUGGAUUCAUACAGGCCUUAAUGAACAACAACGACUACACAGUCAUGAUUUGGUCCAGCUCACAACCUGUGACCGUUGAAGGGGUCUGUAGGAAGCUCUUUUCGAAAGAAGACAGGAAAGCCAUUAUUGCCGAAUGGGCAAGAGAUAAACUCGGGCUUACCGAAGCUCAAUAUUAUCAGAAGACCCAGGUCUAUAAACGGCUCGAUACGGUCUGGGCCGAUGCAAGUAUUCAGGCGACUUAUCGUGGGCCUCGCAGAUCAGGCAGAAUGAAGAGAAUAGCUGGGCGGGAAAAUCAUACAUUGCCGCAGAAAAUGCGCUGGGAUCAAUCGAACACCAUUCUGAUUGAUGAUAGCAAACUCAAAGCACUCGGCCAGCCGUACAAUAUCAUCGAGAUCCCAGAGUUCUCUGGAGAUGUGGAGGAAUCGAAUGUCUUCCCAACGGUACUGGCUAUGCUGAGGAUAUUGUCGAAACAUGACGAUGUGAGUAAGGUGUUGAGACAAUGGAGUCUAGCUGAACCAAGCAUAACUAUGCCGAGUUACACUGCCAGAGAAGACGAAAAGCAGAGCAAGCCUGCAAAUAUCAUAUCUGAAACCAAUUCUUCCAACAGUCGUCCGAGCUCUGCUGGCACCACCUUUGCGCCACCAGGCGGUGAUAUCAAACAAGCAAGAAAGGAAAGACGAAAAGCACGCAAAAGGCAAAGAAAGCAAGAAAAGGAAGAAGAGAAAAUUCGCAUGGCAGCCGAGCGCUUGCGGCGCCGAAGAGAAAAAAAGGAAGCAACCAAACCCGCGCGAUUAGCAAAAGAGGUACAUGAAAGACUUGGACAUGCACAAGAGCAUGCUGAUGAACUAGUCGAGCAAGAAACGACCAUGAAACAGCUAUAUGCUACGAAUGACUUUUUAGAAGACGAGAAACUAGCACGAGAAGUGGAAGUAGAGGUAUUUCUCCCCGAAGCCAUCAAAGAGACACUCGAAGAGCAGAAACUGGAAGAACAGAGACUCAAAGAGGAGCAACUCAAAGAGAAGCAACUUGAACAGAAGAGACUCAAACAAGAGCGACUCAGAGAGAAGAGACUCAAAAGGAGGGCACUCAAAAAGACAAACAAAGAGAAGAACCCCAAAGAGAAGAACCCCGAAGAGAAGAAACCAAAGGCCCAGGAACUGGGAAAUAAGCAAAAGAAAAACGAGACAACAAAAGUCCCUGCCACUGCUACUAUUGGAACUGGCGCUCUUCUCGCCGCCUCAUCAACCACUUGCAAUGAUGACGACAAUAACGACGAUAGUGAACGGUGUGAGAGCCAGGUAUCUUCGAAAGUCUCUUCUCUUUCCGACUCUGCUUCUCCGAGACGUACAGCACCGUCUCCUGUUACUUCAUCUGGCGAGGAGAAUUAUCUCCUCGAUCGGUUAGAGGAGGCGUUAGGUUUGAAGAAUCUAUGA